AGGAUAGCCAUCGCUAGAGCUCUCAUUAGGGAUCCAGAAAUACUGCUUCUCGACGAGGCUACCAGUGCUCUCGACUCGGAAAGUGAAAAAGUAGUGCAGGAUGCCCUGGAUGAGGCACGAGAGGGUCGGACAUGUAUAGUGAUCGCGCACCGUCUCUCCACUAUACACAAUGCGGACAAAAUAGUUGUGGUUAAUAAGGGAAAGGUAGUCGAAGAGGGCAGUCAUCAUGAAUUGAUUGCCAAAAGAGGCGCUUAUUAUGACUUAUAUAACGUUCAAAGUUCUGUACAUUAAUACCCAAAAAACUUAAAAACUCUAUUUUGUUUGUAAUUUAUAGUAUUUGCUACUCAUUUGUUCAUUUGCACCGG